ACCAGCCAUGAUUGGAUGCUCUUUCGUGGUGGACCGAGAGUAUUUUGGUGAGAUUGGCCUGCUUGACCCUGGCAUGGAGGUUUAUGGAGGAGAAAACAUUGAAUUAGGCAUGAGGGUGUGGCAGUGCGGGGGCAGCAUGGAGGUGCUGCCCUGCUCGCGCGUGGCGCACAUCGAGCGCACCAAGAAGCCCUACAACAACGACAUCGACUACUACGCCAAGCGCAACGCCCUGCGCGCCGCCGAGGUCUGGAUGGAUGACUUCAAGUCACACGUCUACAUGGCCUGGAACAUCCCCAUGGCAAACCCCGGAGUUGACUUUGGAGACGUCUCUGAAAGGAUUGCUCUGCGACAGCGGCUGCAGUGCCGGAGCUUUAAGUGGUACUUGGAGAACGUGUACCCUGAGAUGAGGGUUUACAAUAACACAGUCACUUAUGGAGAGGUGCGGAACAGCAAAGCCAGUGGCUACUGCCUGGACCAGGGGGCUGAAGAGGAUGACAAAGCCAUCCUGUAUCCAUGCCAUGGCAUGUCCUCCCAGCUUGUCCGCUACAGCUCGGAAGGUGUCCUGCAGCUGGGGCCCCUGGGCUCCACCGCCUUCCUGCCCGACUCCAAGUGCCUGGUGGACGAUGGCAAGGGCAGGACACCCACCCUCAAGAAGUGUGAAGACGUCCUGAGGCCAGCACAGAGGUUCUGGGAUUUCACACAGAAUGGUCCAAUCAUCAGCAGAGACACUGGCCGUUGUCUAGAAGUGGAAAUGUCAAAGGAUGCAAAUUUUGGGCUCAGAUUAGUUGUACAGAGGUGCUCGGGGCAGAAGUGGAUGAUUAGAAACUGGAUCAAACACGCUCGGCACUGACCGGGGGGCUGAGCUGCCUCUCCUGCCAGUGUCCCUUGCUCAGUGUGCCAUAUCUCGUGAGGCAUUUGUCUUAAAGCAAAUUUGAACAGGUCUUGGCUCUCAAGACUCCUCCAUAGCUGGGCAUUCCAAGGAAAG